AUGAAGUCAGCUGUAAUCGGAAUCUCAGCACUGCUGAUUAUUCUCCCCAUCCCGGGACUAUCCCAAUAUCUCGACGGGGAGUGUGGAAUUCCUCGAAAUGGAAAGAUUGCUAAUAAUAUCUCGAGCCCAUGGAUGGCUUAUCUACACACAACCGAAUUGAUAUUCGUAUGCGGGGGAUCUCUUAUCACUCAAAAACUAAUAUUAACUGCAGCGCAUUGCACAAAGGCCAACGAACAACUAGUAGCUCACCUGGGAGAGUUUAUAGAAGCAGCCAAUGAAAAUGACACAAUUCAUUCGGAGCAUCAAGUAAACCAAACGUUCGUUCAUCCUUUCUACAACAUAAAAACAAAUGACAACGACAUAGCCAUACUUGGAUUGGAAACGGAUGUAGUGUAUUCAGAAAACAUCAGACCCAUCUGCAUUACUUGGUGGACCAUUUGGAGAAGGUAUAUCGACCAUAUUCCGGUCUUAACCGGUGCUAGAUGGGGUUUGCCAAUGGUAAAAAAUGAAAGCGAUACAUUUAAAACUUUGGACAUUCGGCGCCAACCCACCGAAAUGUGCUCCACCGAAAAUGGAACCAAAAUUUCAAGCAGUCAGUUCUGCGCGGGAGAUUCUGAAUCAAAGCUGUGCAACGUGGACUCUAGCAAUCCUCUGGGAGCAUUGAUAUCUUACAGAAACCACACUCGUUUUGUUCUGAUCGGCAUAGCCACAACAAACCAAAAAUGCAAUAGGCCCAGUACUUACACUGAUAUCCUGAGCCAUAUCGAUUUUAUCCUUCGGGUGUGGCGGCAGUUUGGGAACACCAAUAGGCCUCCUAACUCUCGGAAUCCAAAAGUCAUACUUGUUGACACUGUUACCAAUUUGAGUUCGCAUUCGAAAGAUUAA